GGCAAACCACCCGGUGUGCAGCGGCUGUGCGCCGCCGUCUCUUCCUCCCACACUCGGGGUCGCAAGAAAACCGACGGGAGCUCCAGGAGGUUCCGGGGUGUCUCCCCCUUGGCUCCCCGCGGCCGGUCUCCUCACCUGUGGGUAGAGAUGCUCCAUGAACUGCUCCCGAGAGACGCCCCGAAGCCGGGCCACCGGAAGGCGCUGCUCAGCCAUGCCGGACUCACGUUCGUUUGCACAGGCCUGGGAACCGGGACGUGUCCGUCACGACCGAUCCUCCCGUAAACACAACCCCAGAAGAAAAGGGCCGCGAAGGGGACGGACGCCAGAGGGCGGCUGGUUCGAGGCGCGGGGCGGGGAGCCCGAGGCCUGCUGCCUGGGCGGCGAGUGGCACAGCCGCGAUGGGCGGACUCACCAGAGGUGGCAGCAGCCGGCGGCCUUUGCUCCGCUUCCCCGGCACCGCCGCGCUGGUUUCCCUCCGGCCUCCUUUCGGUACUGCACCGGCAUGCAGAGGUGAAAGGUCAUCAAACAUGGCGCUGGCCGCCCGUCUCCUGCCUCUGCCCCUGCUUUCUCGGCCGGGCAGCGGCCGGGCCACCCGACUCCGGACUUUCGGUGCCACCGAGGUGAGGCUGUCGCUGACUGAAUUUUGCUGCUUGUGCCGCCGCCGCCUGGGCUCCAGCGCGGUCCCGAUCCCUCGCUGCACUUGGGCCUGGGCGACCCCGGCGCUGCGUUCCUGGGGCCCCCGGCGGCCCCUGCUCCGCCGGGCAGAACUUCUUCCAGCCCUCGCUUCCUUCCCCGCUGGUCCCAGCCGCAGCUACAGCACCGAGGAGCAGCCCCAGCAACGGCAGAAAACCAGAAUGAUCAUUCUGGGCUUCUCCAACCCCAUCAACUGGGUCCGGACUCGAAUUUACGCCUUCCUUAUCUGGGCCUAUUUCGACAAGGAGUUCAGUAUCGCUGAGUUCUCUGAGGGGGCGAAGCAGGCUUUUGCUCAUGUAUCUAAGUUGCUGUCACAGUGUAAAUUUGAUCUACUGGAAGAACUUGUAGCCAAAGAGGUGCUACAGGUAUUAAAAGAAAAGGUCACUUCACUGUCUGAUAACCAUAAAAAUGCACUUGCUGCGAACAUAGAUGAAAUUGUCUAUACAUCAACAGGGGACAUCUCCAUUUACUAUGAUGAGAAAGGAAGGAAGUUCGUUAACAUCCUGAUGUGCUUUUGGUAUCUGACUAGUGCCGACAUCCCCAGUGAGACUUUAAGUGGAGCCAGUGUGUUUCAGGUGAAGCUGGGGGACCAGAACGUGGAGACUAAACAACUGCUUAGUGCAAGCUAUGAAUUUCAGAGGGAAUUCACACAAGGAGUAAAGCCUGACUGGACUAUUGCACGGAUUGAACACUCAAAGUUACUAGAAUAAUCUUUCUUGGAAGAAAAUCGGGAUGUGAACUUUUAAUAAUUGCUGUGAAAAACUAAGGAAGAAACGUUUCUGGAUCAUUUGAUUUUCACUUAAUUAAGUCUGUGGGUUACUUUUGUAUUAUUUGGAAAUAUUCCUUGCAGUAUAUCAGCAUUAUACAAUAAAGCAUUUUCACAGAUUGA